AUGAGGCGGAAGGGAACAGCAGUCCUCACAGUCCCAGCGACUCGUUCAGCUCCUGCUUUGUCGUUCAGAGAUUCCAAUCUUGCCAUCCCAGGUUAUCUUUUCCAUAAAGCUUCGCCAUGGGAGGAUACCGGCAGUAUGACCUAUAUUGCAGAAGGAAGCAGCAUCAAAGACGGCUCAAACGUGCUCGCCAAGAUAGCACCAGCUCAUUCUAAUGGAUCAAUGUGUCUUGAAAGAGAAGCACACAUUUUGAGCAGAGUAACUUCUUCUGCCGAUGCUUUGAGUACUACUCUUCGUCUAAUCGAUUUCAUUACCAUACCCCGCUCAAGUGGAGAUUGCGUUGUCCUACUUCUAUCCCAUCCGGGACUUAAUUUACUCGGUCGCUACUUCCCACCAUCAAAAGUUAACGAUUUUCUUUUGGCCGAUGUAUCAAAAACCCGGACGUCAGGGGCCAACGAUGACAUAUUUGUAAUCGAUGAUGAGGAACUUGACACGUUGGAAUUGGAAUCAUUUGACGUGAUGGAUUUGGCCUCAUUUUUGGAGGCGGGGUUUACACAUAGAGAAGUGCGUGCGAACGCUUUCCAUUUAAACUCCCAUUCUGGUGUCGUGCGCUUCGUCCAUUUUGGGAAUCGUGCUGUAUCCUUGGAGGAAUUUGGAGGGCCAUCAACUCUUGUUAUCAGGGCACUCGAUGAAACUGAGAAGACUAAAGUCAAGGAGGCUCUUUGCUACCUUGCCCCUGAGCAGACAGGAAGUAUGGAGAUCGUCAACCAGGAUCACAGGACAGAUUUAUACUCAUUGGGCAUGAUGUUCUGGACCUUACUUGUUGGUCGAGGUAUGAUGCCUUUCGAAGGUCGACCCCUCGAGCUACUCCACUCGAUCGUGCAGAAGAGGCCGAUGCCCGUACAUGAAAUUCGUAGAGAUGUACCGAUGGUAUUGGCGAAUAUUAUUGAUAAGCUUCUAGCGAAGAGUCCAGAUAGUAGAUAUCAAAGUGCCUAUGGUUUGAAGGCAGAUUUACUAGAAUGUCAGAGGCGACUGUUGGCUGCUGUCUCGUCGGUCCUCGGCCAAUCUUACGAGCUCAUCCCGUCGUUCGAUAUAGCGACGCAAGAUAGAUAUAUGGCAUUUACUAUCCCGGUUACCCUGUUUGGGCGAGAGAAAGAACUGGAAACCAUCCGUCACGUUAUCAAACAUACUACGACAAGUUUUUCUAGGCACUUUUCAGCGUCCAGGGGCGUCCUCGGUGUUUCAUCGGCGGGUAUCACCGACACCGAUUCUGAUCGUAGUGUGUCGUCGCUUGGUCAUAUGAAUACGGAAGAUGGUGCUAUAUCUCCGUUGACGAAGAUGUCUUUACAUGGUGUACAUUCCACUGCUUUCAGUGCUCCUCCUGCUGUGGAUUUCGGUGACGUCUCGAAGAGAAUGGCGAAUAAGAACAAGAGUCAUUCAGUACGAGCUCAUACGAUCAUGGUAGUUGGUCAUCCAGGAGUUGGGAAAAGUUCUCUCGUUUUGGCAAAUCAAGCUAAAUGGAGAUCUCAUGGCCUGUGGGGUCAAGCCAAAUUUCAAAAUGCCGAUUCUGCACCAUUCGCUGCAUUGCUAGGUUGCCUUUCGUCAGUUUUGAGGCAGCUGAUGAUCUUCCACACUGAUCUCCAUCGAUUUGUAAAUGCGCUGAAGGAACGACUGGGUCCGCAAUUGCAAAAUAUACCACUUCUCUAUCAAGGGACGCCUGAACUACGAGAUAUACUUGGUAUUUUCGACAUCGACAUCGAAAUCCCUAGUAAUAAGGAUCGUUUGGCAACGCUUGAGCUACGAGCUAGGUUUCAGUCCCUGGUAGAGAAUGUUUUUUCUGUUUUAGCAGAAAUUCGCCUUUUUGCAUUGUUUCUCGAUGAUAUUCAUGAAGCCGAAGACUCAUCCUUAGACCUCAUUGAGACAUUGAUCAACUCAAGGAGCCGUAUGCUUAUUUUCGGUACUUUGCGCUCUGACGUCAGUGAAGAAUACAUGGAGAGAAUUCGAAAUAUGUGCUCCAAUAAGGGCCGUACUACAUGGGUCCAAGUAGAGCCUUUGAGCUUUCCUGCCCUAGGGUCUUUAGUAUCAAAGACUCUGCACCAGGAGGAAGAGAGUUGCGCGGAUCUGUCUCGGUUUAUCUAUACAGCAUCGUGCGGGAAUGCUUUCGUCGCCCGGAACCUUCUAACGACCUUUCAAAGGCAGCAUUACAUUACAUUUGAUUGGGGAAAUAAUCGAUGGAAUCAUGAUAUAGCUGCAAUAGAGGCCAGUUUUGCCGAUCAGAAGACCGUUGCCGACCCUGCAGAUGGAUCGUUCCUGCUCAAUCAUUUUAGAGAACUUCCUGAGGAAGCUCAAAAAUAUCUCCUUUGGGCUUCUUUUUUCGGAGCCACGUUCAAAGUAACAGAGGUAGCUCUUUUGAUGGACUGGGAACGAACGAACGAUAAUGGUGGGAGCGAUGAAGACGAGGCACGGAGUGUUUCACGAGCAGUGUCCACACUGCAGGAACAGGAACAUCACACAACCAGUGCCCGUGGAUCUAUGAGAGGUCUACAAGCUGCUAUUUCAGAAGGAUGGCUCGUACAGCGGGCCAGAGACAUGUGCAGUUUUGCUCAUGAUCGAUAUCGCCAAGCUGUGCAGGUUGAAGCCAAUGAUCUACCAGGGCCCGCGAUUUCCAACAUGUCUUUCAGGAUCAUUCUGAUGAUGUUGCAUGAGAGCGCUCCAGAUAUUCACCGAAUUGCAGAGCAUGCUAAACGAUGUCUACAUCUCCUCCAUGAUCAUCCAAAAUGGGGGGAGCUUCUCAACGUUCUCAUUGACGCCGGUGACUCGGCAUGGGCAAGGGGCGCUCAUGAGUUGGCUCUCCAAGCGUUUUCGAGUGCAAAGUCACUAUUGCGUGAUAAUGCUUGGGACGAUAAUCCUAGGCGUACGUGUUUGUUACUUUCAAGGCUUGCUGCUCUUUUCACGUGGAAAGGCGAUCUCAAACAAUCCGAUAUCCUUGCCGAAGAAUGCGUCCUCAAGGCAGAACACCCUGAGGAUAAAGGUCAGGCCUUACGGUUGCGAGCGAACAAUCAAUGGAUGCGCAACAACUACGCGGCUGCUUUGAAAGACACAAUAUAUGCUCUUCAUGCUCUCGGUGUAGAUGUCAAUCCCGCGCCAUCCAUAGAAGAGGCAGAUCAAAUGUUCGAGGAAGUGAAGAAUGAGGUCUUAGCUAUGGGAUACGAUAAAAUCAUCCGCAUACCAAGGGCUAAAGACCCGAGGACAGAUCUAGCCGUUGCUUUGCUCAAUGAUGCUGGAAACAAUGCGUAUUGGAGUCCAGGAGAAGGGUUUGCUGAUGUUAUAGGACUAACGACGAUCCGAGUUGCGUUGCAACGAGGGAUGUCGCCUGGCACUCCACUGGGUUUUUUCUGGGCUUUAGGCGCUGCCGCAGAACGGCGAGGACUAUUCAGAUUUUCGACAGACCUUGGAAAGCUUGCGCUACGUAUAGCAGAUAUCCAUGGAGGCAGCUUUGACAAGUGCCGGGCUAAUGUUUUAUUUGCUGCACUAGUUGCGCCUUACGACAACAUGCAUAUACGUGCCAAUUUGCCUCGCCUUGAGGAAGCCCUGAAGUAUGGACAUAGUGCCGGAGAUCGCGGAUUCACAAGUUUUGCUAGUAUCCAUACCAUAAUUACCAGGCUUUACGUCUGUGAUCAUUUAAGCGAAGUCGUUCUUGCUGCUGAGGAGUGUGUCAGUGAUAUCGAACUUUGGACUCCAGAAGGAGAAGCCAAUAUCUUGGCAAAAGGAGUUUUAAAUUGCAUACGGACUCUGGGCGGAUACACAGAUACGACCUCUGUCGAGACCACAUUCGACACAAACAUGUGUAAGGAAGCCGAUUUCAUCAGAUACAUUCAGAAGACAUCGGGGAAUCUAGGGCUCUCAAUGAGCUGGUCAGUUGUCGCUCUCUUCUGCGUUGGUCAUGCAGAAGCAUCUGCAGAACUGGGUUUUUCGGUCUAUGCCACUCGCUCCCACCAUCCUAAUCACAGGCAUCCCCGAUACGCAGCAUUUUUUCACAGUCUUGCCCUAAUCGCAUGCCUUCGUGAAGGGAAAACCCCUGAAGGACAACGAGAUCGUUACAUGGGACAGCUCCGCCUGAAUCAAAGUUAUGUUCGCAAAUGGCUGUCUCCCAGUCCUAUCAACACGAGUACAUGGGUAGCUCUUGUGGACGCGGAGUUGGCAUCGUUGACGGGUGAUCCUGAAGCAUUGAAGCUUUAUGAUACUGCAGUAAAGUUGGCUGUAAAUGACAACUGGCACCUGGAAGAAGGGUGGGCUCUGUACAUGCAAGGAUGUCAUCUUAUUCGAAACGGUGUUGAGGGUCUGGGUAGUGAACUACAACGUCGUGGUGUACUGCGGCAGUCACAAUGGGGGGCACAAGGUAUUGUGCGCUACAUGACAGCCACACUGGGCUCAAAAACGCAAUAUUCGCAUCAACGUUCUGUAUUUACUGCAGAUGUUGCAAUACAGACCGACACUGUUCUGGCUAGCUUCAGCGGUCACCCUCCCACGCUUUAUGGGUCAGCGCCGAAGCUAGAAACCAGUGAGGAACAAGAGAUAUCAAGUUUAUCAGCUUCAGAUCUUGCCUCUAUCCUCAAGUGGAGUAAAGAUAUUUCAAGUGACAUUAACUUAUCUUCAGCGUUACAGCGUUUGACCGAAAUCGCUACUGAAGCCUCUCGGUCUCAGAAUACAUGUCUGGUCAUUACGAGUCCCAGUGGUGAAUAUACUGUUGCGACAAGUAUGGUAACGCCAGAGAUGUGUGUUGUAUAUGAGAACCAGAAAUCAGUCAGGUCUAUCAGUGAUCCCUUACAAAAAGCUGUGAUCCAGCAUGCGCUCAACUCAAAGCUAAGGCUUUACUAUGAAGAUGCAUCUACAGACCCACGAUUUUCAUCUGAAGCACAUUUGAGUCCAUUUCGAUCAGUCAUAUGUCUUCCAAUCUUCAGCAAUCGAGGACAGACAUACGGAGCUAUUUAUGUUUCUUCGAAAUACGCUUUCUCGCAGAACACAGUAACUAUUUUGACGCUCCUGUGCCAACAAGCCAGUAUCAGCAUUUCAAGUGCCUUGUUGUUCCGUUCUGUUCAAGCAGGAACGCGGGAAAACUUAAAGAUGAUAUCUGCACAAAGAGAAGCUCUAGAAACAGCUAGAAAAAGCCGAGAACACGCAUUGAAAGCUACAAAGAUUAAAAGUAAUUUCCUGGCUUCUAUGAGCCAUGAGCUGCGCACGCCUUUCAGCUCCUUCUAUGGGCUGUUGGAUCUUUUAAGCGGUACAGAGCUUAAUCCUGGGCAAAGCGAAAUUGUACAAACUGCUAAACAAUCGUGUGAACUGUUAUUGAAGAUCAUAGACUCAAUAUUAGAUUAUAGCAAACUCGAGGCAUCUGCUGUCAAGCUGGAAUUUUCGGGUUUCCCUGUGGAGAACAUCAUCGCUGAUUGCAUGGAGCUUUUAUCGCCGAUGGCUGCCAAAAAACUAGACCUGUCUUUCAAUAUAGAACCGGAUGUACCCCCUUGGAUUGUGUCUGACUACGCCAGAAUUCGUCAAGGUAAAUUUCACAAUUUUUUUGCUAACGAAUAUCUUCGCAUUAUUAAUUGCAUAUAUGUAGUCCUAAUGAACCUUAUUGGUAACGCCGUCAAGUUCACCGCGUCUGGCUCUGUUACUGUUGUGUGCUCGGUUGAGAAAGAGACUAAUGUAAUGCCACCUGAUAUUGAACUGAAGUUCACAAUCCGGGACACAGGCAUUGGUUUGUCACCCAGUGCUGUAGAUCUUCUAUUUGUUCCUUUCCAACAAGCUGAUAAUUCAUCAACUCGGCGCUUCGGAGGAACUGGCCUCGGCUUAUCUAUUUCGCGCCAGCUAGUCAAGCUAAUGGGCGGUACUAUAGGGGUCCAAUCAGAGCUUAAUUCUGGGUCCGUCUUCUGGUUUACCCUACCAGUCAAGGUAUACGAGUCAGAGGACUCUCGGAAGGCACUCUCGGACAUCGAAAGGUUGCAAUCACUCUUAAAGACUCCUCAAACUCCUCGCAUCCUGAUCUGUUCGCAGUCUUAUGCAACCUCAGCUUUGCUAAAAAUGAUGCUCGAUGGUUUUCAAGUUGACUCUGUGCAAGAUAUGGAGGAGGUCAAGUAUAAUCUUCGUUCACUGUGUUCGCUGGCUCUUCCCCUAGACUUCCUGGUCCUCGACGAUCAGUCUGAGAAGCUUGCCGACGACCUUUCUCAGUAUAUUGUCUCCCUAGACAACAAAUCGCUAGAAGAUACCAAAAUCAUACAUCUUUAUACUCCGACGACAGAUACCUUAUCUGGGCCAGCUUUAUCCAACAGUACUACUUCUGGUGUCUUGAGAAUGACGAAACCUCCAAGGAGGGCACGUUUGUUGCAGGUGCUCGCCAAAUUGAAAAAUAUUCCUGACAUUGCGCCAGCUACGGAGUUCAAACGGGCCGUGGAAGACUCUAGUGCGAAUCAAAGGACGCUAUACGGCAAUGUGCUCAUUGCUGAAGACAAUCCUGUUGCUCAAAAUCUUCUUGUGAAACAAUUAGAACGCUAUCAGCUCUCGGUCACCGCCACAAGCAACGGUGAAGAAGCGAUCAAAGAAUGGGAAACCCGUGAACCAGGAUUUUUCACUGUUGCACUUUUCGAUCACCAUAUGCCAGUAUGCGAUGGGGUAGAGGCUGCCAAACGCAUAAGAAUGCUAGAGAGUAGAAUGAAGACUCCAGUGCUUCUACCAAUCGUGGCUUUGAGUGCCGAUUGCCAAGAAUCCACAAAGCGGUUGUGCCUUAACGCUGGCAUGAAUGUUUUCUUUAGCAAACCGCUGAGAAAAGGGGAUCUGCUAUCUCUUUUGUCCAUGUUUGGUACAUCUCCAGCCUCGUCCGCCAGUGGUGACACUGUGUAAAAACCCGCAUUGUUGAAUUGCUGUCAUAACUUAUUUCACAUACUACACGCAUUUAAAUCAAGUAUAUCACUAGAAUCUACAGGGAUGUAGCAUACAGAACGUACCUUGUUUAUUGUAUCAUAUAUCCUUCCUUAUUAUGAAAACGCAUCAUCCAAGCAAACGACUUAACAUAAAAUGGUACUCAU